CAUCCCUGUCAGGAAAAAUCUGCCAGCUGGAAGGCUAGAUCGCUCACCAGCUGGCUGUCACCUUCUAGGCCCCCCUAUGGAAAAAUAUUCUGAAAGCGUCCUCCGUAGUUAUGUACAUAUACCUUCCUUCCAGUCCUUAUAAUUCCUUAUCUUAUCUGCCGCCGCUAAGAAUUAUGAAAUCAGAAGCUUAAAAAAUAAAAAAAAUAAAAAACAACCCCACGUUAUUUUCUUCCUCUCAAAACCCACAAGCCUAACUGUUCCCUACAUAGAUAGCGACAAUGGCUACGGUAACACUCGUAAAACGUCCGCUGCCUGUCCUGCCGGAAGGCUGGACGGCAGAGAAGGAUUUCAAACCUAUUGGUUCUAUUACCGCUUCUACUCAACGCACAAUCGAGCCUGUUGGCCCUCAUUUCCUUGCUCACGCCCGCCGUGCUCGCCAUAAGCGCACAUUCUCCGAGGAUGAUCGAAUUCAAGCCCAAGAAAGUGCCAAGAAGAUCGAGAAGGACGAUGAGAGCGAUGUCAGCGAACCCGAAGAUCCUAUGAUGCUUCAGCGGGAAGCCAAGGAUUGGAAGUCGCAAGAUCACUACCAAGUCCUCGGUCUAUCCAAGUACCGCUGGAAGGCAACCGAGGACCAAAUCAAGCGCGCCCACCGCAAGAAGGUCCUAAAGCAUCAUCCCGACAAGCGAGCAGCCCAAGGCGGCACCGAAGAUGACAACUUCUUCAAGUGCAUCCAGAAGGCCACCGAGGUUCUCCUCGACCCCGUCAAGCGCCGGCAAUUUGACUCAGUCGACGAGAAGGCCGAUGUUGACCCGCCCAGCAAGAAGGAUUUAACCAAGGGCAACUCCUAUAAGCUCUGGAGCCGCGUCUUCAAGUCGGAAGCCCGCUUCUCAAAGCAACAGCCCGUACCUACCUUCGGAGACGAGAAGUCUAGCAAGGAAGAUGUGGAGAACUUCUACAACUUCUGGUAUAACUUCGACUCAUGGCGCUCCUUCGAGUAUCUCGACGAGGAUGUACCUGAUGACAACGAGAACCGCGACCAGAAGCGACAUAUGGAGCGCAAGAAUGCCAACGCGCGCAAAAAGAAGAAGGCCGAAGACAACGCCCGUCUGCGCAAGCUCCUAGAUGACUGCUCCGCCAGCGACGAGCGCAUCAAGCGCUUCCGCCAGGAGGCCAACGCCGCCAAGAACAAGAAGCGCCUCGACAAGGAAGCUGCCGAGAAGAAAGCCAAGGAAGACGCGCGCCUAAAGAAGGAAGCCGAGGAGAAGGCCGCCAAGGAGGCGGAAGAAAAAGCCAAGGCCGACCGCGAAGCCAACAAGAAGGCCAAGGAGGCCGCCAAGACCGCCGUCAAGAAGAACAAGCGCGUGCUCCGCUCCUCUGUCAAGGACGCCAACUACUUCGCGUCCGGUGACGCCUCCCCCGCCCAGAUCGACGCCGUCCUCAACGAUGUCGAGCUCGUGCAGGGCAAAAUCGACCCUGAGCAGAUCGCCGCGCUGGCCGGGAAGCUGAACGGCCUCAAGGUCGCCGACGAGAUCAAGGGCGUCUGGAGCGAGGAGGUCAAGCGCCUCGUUGACGCUGGCAAGAUCAAGGAGGGUGAGGUCAAGGCCUUGCUAUAGGCGUCCGUGGGUGAUGAUUACCUAAUGCUAUUAUCCCUACAAACAGGAACAAGAAUAGAAACGGACGGACGAACUUUCCUACCUAAUCUACCUACCUACCUAACUAUACCUAGAAAGAUAGAUAUAUUUAAGGGGAAAGGUAGAUUUCAAAUGAGUUCCCUACACAAACACAAACACAAACACUCAUGAGAAGGGAUAGGAGAAGGAGAAGGUUGGGUUGGGUUAGGUCAGAUAGCAGGCUUACAGGCUUACUUGAGGCAAGCAGGCAAACAAACCAUAUAGAUGGAAAUGCUACUACAUACCUAGGCACCUGGUACGAAGGCCUCUUGUGCCAGAACUAGAACCAGAACAAAAUCCUAGAUCUGUUAUUAUCUACCUACUUUAUGUGCUUA